CAAUCAUAUUUGCACGCGGGCGUACUUUGCGUGAUGCAAAAUCACAGUGUAGCCAUUUGCUAACGUUCUUUUAAUGCUAAAGGAAGAAUAGUGUAAUUGUUGUCUUUUUUUAAAUUUUUAUUUUAAAUUGUAGUAUAUGGAUUAAACAUCGUUCAUGUUUUAAGUUUAGACGGGCAGAGAGCACACGCAGGCUAACGUUAGCUGGUUCAGUUAGCAGCAAGGCUGCUCUCCUCUAAGGUUCUGUUCGACUCUACAUCCUUCGGUUUCAAGUACCUUUUCGUCCAGCCAGAGUGUCGCCAUGUCGCAGAAAAAGAGAUUGGCAAACACCCAGAUGUCAUCACAGAGGAAAAGACUGGCGGGCAUGUCGGGUUCUGUGGGAAAUGAAGAAGAGCUAACAUUCACCCAGCCAAGCACGUUGCCUGAGCUCUCAGGCAAACAGAUUGAGCAAAAGUCGGACGAGGUGGUGCAGUACAUUCUGAUGAAGGAUCAGAAAAAGAUACCUAUUCGACGAGCAGACCUGGUGAAACACGUGAUAAAAGAAUACAGAAAUGGCUACCCUGCGAUUAUGAAGAGAGUUGCACAUACUUUUGAACAGGUUUUUGGGCUUACAUUGGUUAAUAUUGACCCAAAGAAUCAAAUGUACAUCCUCCUCAAAAAACUGGAGGAGGAUGUUGAAUGCCCGACUUUGGGCAAAGCCAACCCGAAGACAGGAGUACUUUUUGUCAUCCUGAGUGUCAUCUUCAUGAAACAGGGAGUGGUCAAAGAAUUGCUGAUAUGGAAUGUGCUGGAGAAACUCUACUUGAACUCCAUGACAGAACAUAAGGAAUUUGGCGACAUCAAGAAGAUGGUCAUCGAUGAGUUUGUACGCCAACGGUACCUGGAAUAUGUGCGUGUGCCUCACACAGACCCACUGGAACACAACUUCCUCUGGGGGCCACGUGCUAAACUGGAAGUCUCCAAGGCAAAAAUCCUCCAAUUUGUGGCAGAGCUUCACGACAGGAACCCUCAAAGUUGGAAGCCACAGUACAAAGAAGCUCAGAACCAGUCUUUGGCAGUGCCGACAGCACUUGGUGUGCAGGAAACGGCGCCAUCCGAUCACGGGAGCGGCCGGCCCACUGCGCGGAUGGCUCAGCGCUGAUGGUGCCUCAUUUGUCUAUAUAUUUGUAUUUUAAAUUGUUUUGAAGUUGUCCUUUCUUACUUUGUCUUUUUUAAAAUAUAGACUAUUGUAGUCUGAAGUUGAAAUUAAAGGUGGACCAAGUUAAUUAAACUUGGAGGACCGGCGAUUUGUCGAUUACUACAAUUAUAACUGAUCUUAAUCAACGAUUGCGGAUAGUCGGCCACAUUCGUGGUCAUUAAAUAAGCACACUGUAUAAACAAACUUAUUGGCUGUUUUCAUACAUUUGCAACCCCAACAUGUUUAUUAUUAUAACGUAUGCCACUCUUUACCAUGUUUAUGCGGCAAGGUGUGAUGUUUGUGUUGGUGCUCCAUAUAGUCACUGUUGGUAAUUGUUUGGCAACUGCUUCCUUCGUAAGUGAAGUCAGUUAUGUUACCUGUGUAAUAUUCAACAUUUUACAAUAAAAAAACAACAGUUUAAAUAUUAAU